CUGUUUCACUUUUCUAUUUUUUAAUUUUCAAAUGCUAUGCUGUCCUUGUUUUGAAUGCUUUAGCGACCCUAUUGAUACUAAAUCUAAUCAAUCGAAGGAUUUAGAAAUGGAAUUUGAGCUACAUAAACAAACUUCUCGUUAUUUUGCUAAUCCAUUUAUUGAUGAUGUUUUGGCUGGUUCAAAAUUGGUAACUAAUGAAUGGAUUAUUUCAAGCAUAAAAUCAGUGGUGAAUCAACUUGUGUAUGUAAGGAUUGCAGAAGAUGAAUAUCGAGACGAUGGCCCUUAUGUUGGACCUAGCGGGAUAGCUUAUGCUUUGUUGCAGGCCUCGAAAACUAAUGUUGGCAUUAAGCUUGAAAAGGAGGCACUUGUAAUCUUGAGCAAACAACAGAAGCUUUUGCAUAAUAUGUCCGCGGCCCAUGAAUGCCGUUACCUCACUGGAACCCUUGGUUUUUACACAAUCCAAUUACUAGCAGGACAGAUUGAUUCAGAAUUGUUUUCAGCUAAGGUUAGAAGAAUGCUUGAACUUGUUUUACAAAAUGGAUAUCAAAAAAUUGGUGACGAUGAGAUUUUGAAUGGAAGAGCUGGAUUUUUGGCUUCAAUUUUAAUUAUAAAAAAAGAAAAAGGGUUUGAUGUUCUAUCUGACGAUGAAAUACGCUCUGUUUUAAAUUCCAUAAUUCAAUCUGGGCUUGCUUAUUCUAAAAAACACCACUCCCCUUCACCAUUAAUGUACCAAUGGCACGGAGAUGAAUAUUUGGGUGCCGCACAUGGAGUUUCUGGCAUUCUUCAAAUACUUUUAAGUUAUUGGGAUUUUCUUGACGAUUCAGCUAAAACAGCGGUCAAACAAUCUGUGGAUUGGUAUUUAAGUAUUCAAUUAAAUGAUGGAAAUUUUCCUUCUGGAACGGACAGAAUUGGUAGAACAGAAGAACUCAUUCAUUGGUGUCAUGGAGCAACGGGAGCUCUUCAUAUGCUUUUAGCUGCUCAUUUAGUCUUUGACAGUGCCAAAUACUUACAGGCCGCCAUUCGAUGUGCGCAACUAAUUUGGGAAAGAGGUAUUCUUGGAAAAGGCCCAGGAAUUUGUCAUGGAGUUGCAGGCAGUGGAUAUGCAUUUCUAUUACUCUACAGGCAGACCCUCGAAAAUGGAUGGCUUGAGAAGGCAAAAGUUUUUGCUUUAAUCAUGAUGAGUGAAAAUUUUAGGAAUGCUGCUCGGACACCUGAUUGUCCUUGGAGUUUGUUUGAGGGUUGGGCGGGAUCGCUUUGUUUUUUAAUUGAUUUGCUUACACCGACAAAAUCCCAAUUUCCUUUGCUCCCAUUGAAUUUCAAAAAUUAG